AUGUUUCAUUACAGUAGAUACGGUGCUGUUUAUGCCUAUGCAACUAAUCAAAGUAUCAAGGUAUUCGAUGCUACUUCUUUAGAACAAUAUUGUGAGAUUGAAAGAGCCAAUGUGGUUGAUUUCUGGCUUUCCCCUCAAGGUAGCUAUUUGGCUACUUGGGAGCGUCCCUCCAAAGCCGAAAAUGGUGCUGCCAACAAUAACCUCACUAUUUGGAAUGCCAAGACUGGUGAGUCUAUUGCUGCUUUUGUUCAAAAGGCUCAAAACAACUGGAACUUUCAAUGGACUGAUGACGAAAAGUACUGUGCUCGCAUGGUUACCGGUGAAGUCCAGUUCUGGGAAAGCAACAAUAUUGGCAAAUCUGUUUGGGCCAGACUUAAACUUGAAGGUAUUGCACAAUUCUCUUUGAGUCCUGGUAAAGCACCCGCUGUUGCUGUCUUUAUUCCUGAAAAGAACGGUGCACCUGCUAUUGUUCGUAUGUACAGUAUUCCCAACUUCAAUUCACCUUUAUCCAACAAAACAUUCUUUAAGGCUGACAGAGUGACAUUGCAUUGGAAUGAUUUGGGUACCAAUUUGCUUGUGUUGACUAUGACAGAUGUAGACAAGUCCAACAAAUCUUAUUAUGGCGAGACCAACUUGUAUUAUCUUGCAGUUGCUGGCAAUUUUGAUUGCCGUGUUCCUCUUGAUAAAGAAGGCCCUGUUCACGAUGUGACUUGGGGUCCUGAUUCUAAGGAAUUCAUUGUUGUCUAUGGCUCUAUGCCUGCCAAGACCACUUUGUUUGAUCAUCGUGCAACUGCUGUCUUUGACUUUGGUAUCAAUCCCCGUAACUUUGUCAAAUACAAUCCUCAAGGACGCACUAUCUGUAUUGCUGGUUUUGGUAACUUGAACGGUACGAUUGACUUAUGGGACAGAAAGUCUCUUAAGAAGAUCAAUACAUUUGCUGCUCCUAAUGCUUCUCAUUGUGAAUGGUCUCCUUGUGGUAGAUAUCUCUUGACAGCCACUUUGACACCUCGUCUUCGUGUAGACAACGGCUUCAAAAUGUGGCACCAUUCUGGUACUUUGAUCUAUGAAGAAGCUGUUGAUGAACUCUAUCAAAUUGGAUAUCGCCCUGAACCUGCUAAUCGCUAUCCUAUGAGAGCCAUCUCUCCUCCUCCCAACCCUAUCAAAAUUCUUCCUACGAAAGGUGGCGGUGCUAAGGCCAAUGCAGUUCCUACAGGUGCCUACAGACCUCCUCAUCUUAGAGGCACUGCUGCUCCCAUGUCUCUUUCUGAAAGAGCUGCUGCUCUUAAUGGCGUUGGUAAAUCUUCUGGUUUCCAACGUAAAGUUGUGGGUGCAAAGACAAACAACAAGAAUCAAAAGAAAGAAUCUACUCCUGCUAAGCAACAACAACAAUCUCAAACAGAAAGUGCUGCUAGUGCAGAAGAAAGACAAAAGAAGAUUCGUAAUCUUGAAAAGAAAUUAAGACAAAUUAGAGAAUUGAAGGAUAAGAUGAGUCAAGGCGAAACAUUGUCUACUCCUCAACAACAAAAAGUGGCUUCUGAAGUCUCUGUGAUGAGAGAAAUUGCUAACCUUCGUCUUGAAUAG